AUCUAAUGUGGCGUUUCCACUUUCCAUCCCAAAACCUUUCGUUGUGCCAAUUCAGUCCUUCUUCUUCAGUGCUCAAAAACCUUUCGGUUGUGCCAUAUCAGUCCUCUAAUAACCCCGCCGUUGGAUUCUUCUUCGCUCUCCGCUCGCCUUCCUUCUUUUUCACUCUCUCUCCCUGGGCGGGAUCCGAUCUGGCCGGACUUCCGCUGGUUAGAAGAGAAACAGUUCUACAGAAGCUGAAGGAGCGUGGCGACGAAAUGGUUAAUUGGAUUUCUUGAGGUACUGGAAGCUCUCAGCAACCUGUGGCUUUCUCAAUCGAAGUGGCGAUCUUUCAAUCUCCUCGCACUUAAGGAUCCUUUAUCAAGCUGCCUGGAAGCCGGAAUUUCCCGGUGGAGUUUGAUAGGUAAAGCAAUGGCGAGAAUCAGGGACAGGAAUGAGGAUUUCAAAGAUGCGGUGAGGCACGCCGCCGUCUCCGCCGGAUACGACGAGUCGAAAUUGGCAUCAAUUAUGGCGUCUUUUAUCAUUCACAAGCCCAAGCAAUCGUCGCCUUUCACCAGAGCUGCAUUGAAAACGUUGGAAAACAUUGGAGCUCUAGAACAGUUCAUGAUGAAGCACAGGAAGGAUUACAUGGAUAUGCAUCGAACCACCGAGCAGGAACGAGACAGCAUCGAACAAGAAGUUGCUGAGUUUGUCAAGGCAUGCAAAGAACAAAUCGACAUUCUUAAGACCAGCAUAAACAAUGAAGACACGAAUGCCAAAGGAUGGCUUGGUAUUAGGGCCGACGGUAACAAUGUCGAUACGAUAGCGCACAAACAUGGUGUGGUUCUGAUUUUGAGCGAGAAACUUCAUGCUGUUACAUCAGAAUUUGAUAAGUUGAGGGCCAUACGUUUCCAAGAUGCUAUUAACAAAAGGAUUCCGAGAAGGAAACAAAAGCGGGUCACAAACUCGAGCUCUACCGGUGCAUCUAACGUACUAGAUCAGCCAGAACUGAAAGAGUCUGAUGAAACUCAGUUGGAGCGUCCUAGACUUCAGCACCAAUUAUUGGAUGAUGAAACUCGCGCACUUCAAGUGGAGUUGACUAAUCUCUUAGAUUCGGUUCAACAAACUGAAACCAAGAUGGUGGAAAUGUCAGCAUUGAAUCAUCUCAUGUCAACCCAUGUUCUGCAGCAAGCACAACAGAUAGAACAUCUGUAUGAUCAGGCAGUAGAAGCUACGAAGAACGUUGAACUCGGUAACAAGGAACUAUCACAAGCCAUACAGAGGAAUAGCAGUAGCAGGACAUUUCUUGUGCUCUUUCUAUUUGUACUUACGUUUUCAAUCCUUUUUCUUGAUUGGUAUAGCUGAAUGUAAGAUAGACCUUAACUUGAUCAGUUUAUACCAAAUUCAAGUUACCCGCGACGAGCUGAAGAUUGAUAUAUUUUAUUACGGUGUCUUUAAUAGAAUUCAAAUAAUUAAUUAGAGGUCACAAAUGGAUUUGUUU